AGCCAUUCAUUCCAAAGGACGGGUUUCAGGAGGCAUGGGCGAAAAAGUUUAUGGUGUUGAAGUAAAGCACCCAAAACCUUAAGCUAUUAUAGAUGUAGUGAAUUGAAACUCUCAGGGAUAGUUAUUCCAUCUGUUUUGUAUACCUAAUAUUUAUAUUUUUGAAUGUUUUUUUCAGAUACUGUCGUCCAUGUGAUAUCACCAUUUUCCAGAGGACUAAAUCUCUGUCGAGUGAGAAGGAUAUCUUACACCAUGGAUGGAUUCUGCCUUCUCUAUCUGCUCCUGAUCCUCUUGAUGAGAUCUGGUGACGUUGAAACCAAUCCAGGUCCUAACACUGCAGCAAGUACUGUCAGUGACAUGGAGUUCCUGAAGCUGGCCAAGGAUAUCCAACCAUCUUACUACAACGCUGUAGGGACAUCUCUAGGUUUCUCCUAUGCUCAGCUAGAGAACAUCCUGAUUCAGAAGUCAAAUAGCCAUACCAACGCAUUUUUUGAUGUAUUCAUGAAAUGGAAUGUCAUGCAGCAACCUCCACACUCAAACAAACGGCAGCUUUUGGCAGACAAACUACGAGAGAUUGACUUGGGUGGCUUAUCAGACAGAUUACUCAAUGAACCAAAAAGCACAGGUAAACAGAUACUAAUUAUUGCAGUCUUGCUAUGUCAACAGAAGAUAUAG